AUUAACCCCACAGCUGUUUAAAAAUAUUUCCAAUUGGCAUUAAAUUUCAAACACUUGCAAAAAUUACCAAAUAAACACCGGUUUUCUGUUAUUACGCCUGUCAUGGGCUUUAUAGAGCAAGAAAUCGCCGAUUUUCGGGACAAGUGCGAACAACAAAUACCGCACACAAAAAUUAUUGCCUGUUCUCCCUCCCUAAUAAGAGUCGAUAUCUAUCCAGAGAGGCAAAAUCGUUCCAUGACCGUUUGCCUACGUUUUCCGGAAAACUAUCCGAAAACUUCUACAAUUCUGGUAGAGCUGAAGAGCCGUGUGUACUCGGAUAAAUUAUUGACAGAGCUAACACGACUAAUUGAUGAAUAUUUAAAGGAGCAUAUGGGCAAGCAACAAUCCUUUUUAGUUCUUGCCUUCACCCAACAAUAUCUAACAGACAAUCCUUUGUGUGUGGUUCUGGAUGAGAUAAAACAGUUACGCAUGGAUAUUAAGGCACAAGAAACUCUAUCGCAACAGCAGGCUGAGAGUAGUCAACUAAAACUAAGGCAAAAGAAUAGCAGUGUCGAACUAACGGCACGAGGUGGCGCCUAUAUAUACCGGAUCAUAGCCACAGUGCCCGAUGAUUAUCCCACGCAAAGUGUGGAAUUAAAAUGCCAAGACUCUAAUUUACCGGCCAUACUGGUGCGCUAUUUAAACGGACAAUCCCGGGAGAUAGCACGCAAAUGUGUAGAGCCACCGCUGCGUCUCACCAAAGAUGAGUUGGCCAAUUUUCGUCCCAUACGAUCAUUGCAUCGCUCAUUGAAAUUUUGCCUAGAGGCCACUCAUGAUUUUCAUUUAGAACUUUGCCCCAUUUGUGAUAAUCCUGUUUUACCCAAAGAUCCCAAAGAUAUGGUUACGGAUGAGAAUUCCGAGGCGUAUAUAGAGCGUGUGUAUUGCGGUCAUUUGUUUCAUCAGGCCUGUCUGAAGCUAUAUCUAUCGGAGCCACCAUUUCCCAAAGGUGGCAAACAGUGUCCGGCCAAGCGACGACAUCCACGCUCCGAUGCUCAGUCGUAUAUGGGCAAUAAGAAGGUAACAACAACAACAGCAGCAGGAGCAGCAGGCACAUCUCACAAAUCCUCAUUGGAUAAUCAAAAUGUUUGUGGCAUUAAAUUGGCCCACGAUCGUUGGGUAAUCAGUGUCAAGACAGCCGAAGCCCGCUGGGCCCAGAAACAGGCUCGUCAACGUGAACUGGAAGAAGUCAUCGACUUUUUACAAUAGACAAAAAAAAUUUAAUUGUCAUAUAAAUACAUAUAUUUUUAUACUUUUGUGAUGUCUAUGCGAAUAAGUAAGAAAUAAAUCAAUUGUUUAAAUGCCUAUAAAAAAAAAAAUAUAUAUAUAUAUGAAAUAAAUAAAUUAUGAAUUUAAAAAACUAA